AUGGUCGACAAGCCCGUGUCCAGUACGCUGGGAGAGGUCCAGGUCCAGCACAGCGAAGGGAAAGUCAACCAUACCGAGAAGGAUCUUUAUCACGACCGCGACCAUGAUCAUCUUGAACACCCGGACUGGCGACUGGAUGCCAAACUCGUCUUGGUGUUUGUUGCCAUGAUGGUUCAAUACAACGCCUCCUUCUUCUCCUUCACCCUCACCGCCCCCAUCACCUCGUACAUCAACCAGGAUCUCGGCCCCAAAUCCUACUACAUCUGGAUGGCGACCGUGUGGCCGCUCACCUUCUCCGCCACCAUGACCAUCGUCGGCCGGUUCGAGGACAUCUUCGGCCGGCGCUACGUGAUGAUCUUUGGCAAUGUGCUGUGCGUGAUCGCCUCCAUCGUCGGCGGCACCACCAACUCCAUCGGCGUGUUGAUUCUGGCCAACGGGCUCAACGGCAUCGCCGGCGCCAUCCAGCAGACCGCCAGUGCCUGCGUGUCGGAGCUGGUGCCGCGGAAAUACCGGCCUCAGGCGGCCUCGACUGUUGCGGGGAGUGGGAUUGUGGGUGGAGCAUUUGGAAGUCCUAUUGCCAUCCAUGUCGCCACCCAUCUCUCCUGGCGCUGGGUCUACUGGAUCACCAUCAUCGCCGCCGGUCUGGGCGCAGUCGGACUUGCGCUGUUCUACUUCCCACCGACAUUCGAGGACGUGCACCGACGCGACCAUCGAUCGAAGCUAGAAGAGUUCAAGAAGAUCGACGUGGUGGGCGUGAUCCUCUUCGCCGGCGGCAUCACCAUCCUCCUGGUCGGCAUCAGCUGGGGAGGCACCAACUACCCGUGGAAGAGCGCCGGGGUGAUCGUGCCUAUCAUCCUCGGCGCCCUCAGCCUGGUGGCCUUCGGCUUCUGGGAGGUGUACGCGCCGCUGGCCGAGCCGAUCGUGCCCUACCGGCUAUUUAAGAACGUGCGCGGCUUCACCAUGGUCCUGGUCGCCGAGUUUGUCGCCGGCAUGUUGCUCUACUCGCUGGCCUCGCUGUAUCCUUUGCAGAUCCAGAUCGUCUACACCUCCGACCCGGGCAAGGCUGGUUGGGAGUCGUGUACCGUGUUGAUGGGCACUUUUGUCGGCCUCAUCAUUUUGGGCAAUACUAUUGGGCGGAUUGGACAUGCCCGAUGGAUCUUUUUGGGUUCCGUGUUUUUCAAUACUGUGUUUAUUGGAUGCAUGGCAGCUAUGACCAUUCACUCCGCCGCCUCCAUCAUCGCCCUCACCACCCUCACCGGCUUCACCAUCGGCUUCAUCCAACUCACCGGCAUUGUCAUGAUCAUCCUCAACUCUCCCGACGAGGACAUCGGCGUCGCCGUCGGCCUCAACGGCUCCGCCCGCACCUCCGGCGGCUCCAUCGCCACCGCCAUCUACAGCACCAUCCUGGCCGAUCGCGUCAAGCACGUCUUACCCGGCAUGGUCGCCAAAGCCGUCCUCCCGCUAGGUCUGCCUGCUACUAGUCUCGGCCCGCUUCUACAGGUUCUGGCUUCCGGCGACACUGCGGCCGCGACAAAGAUUCCGGGUAUCAGUUUACCGAUAUUGGGUGCUGCACUCGAAGCGUUCAAGGAGGCUUAUGUUAAAGGAUUUAGGUGA